AUGCAGUUUUCAGUACGCACGUUACUGGGAGCAUUGUUAUUUGGCUUCCUUGGACUGAGCCUAGCAUCAGCAUCGCCCUCAUCUGAAGCCGUCGCCAAGACAACCAUACCGAUCAAUCCCACUUUCAGAAACACGCGCCUAAUCCGAGUCGUCGACUUGCGUAGUGGUGUGGUCCAUGAGGAUAUCGGCAUCCGUGCAAAGAAUAUCGACAAAGCAUCCGCCAAUGAAUAUAUCUUCACGAUCCCCAAGAAUGCAGAGGAACACGUCGCUAGUAUCACGGCUUUCUUGCGUCAGGAACCCAAGACGCCUUUAUCCAUUGAACAAGCAGGCUUCGACUCUGAAAAGGAAGUACAACUUUACAAGAUCACAUUUGAUACACCUGUGAAGCCAAAUGAUGAAAUCCGCUUUGGUCUCAAGAUUGCAUCGACUCACAAGUUGGCUCCUUUCCCCGCCAAAGUUCCUCAAGUAUCUCGUCAAUUUGUCGUCUACAAUGAUAACGUCUAUGUCUAUUCGCCUUACUUUACAGAUGAAAUGAAAACCACCGUGCAGCUUCCAUCUCAAGUGGUGCAAUCAUACACAGGUGGUAAGCAUGCCACGCACUCUGGAAACAAGAUCGUCUAUGGCCCAUUCCAUGAUAUGAUGCCCGAAUCCCAUCAAGAGUUAUCGAUUCAUUACGAGUACAGCAAGCCUAUCCUUACUGUAGCCGAGCUGGAACGUGAUCUUCAGGUGUCGCAUUGGGGUAACAAUUUGGCUGUGGAGGAGAGCUACAGGUUGCAGCAUUCCGGUGCCAGAUUGGAGACCGAGUUCAGCCGAGUCACUUAUCAAAUGACGAGAAUGGUGCAUGGCCAAACCAAUGUGCUCAAGGACUUGACGUUCAAGCUGCCUACACAAGCUCGUGAUGUUUACUAUCGUGAUGAGAUUGGCAACGUCUCCACAUCCCAUUUCCGUCAAGAAGCGGAUGGCUCUGUGUUGCAGCUUACACCUCGAUAUCCCUUGUUUGGUGGUUGGAAUUACACAUGGUUCCAUGGAUACAAUGUUGAUCUCAGCCGAUUCGAUCGUUACUCCUCAAAGACGGGUCAACAUAUUUUGAAUGUCAACUUUGUUGAAAAUGUGCAGGACAUGGUUAUCGAUAAGGCUGUGCUUCGAGUUGUGCUUCCAGAAGGCGUCACGAACGUCAAGGUGCAUGCUCCUUUUAGCCUUGAUUUGGAAGAACACGGCACACAUUUCACCAACUUUGAUUCGACUGGUCGUUAUCUCGUAGUAUUGCAGAAAUUCAACGUGGUACGAGAGCAUGAACAACCCAUUCAGAUCACCUAUGAAUACCCACCGAUUCGAUUGCUCCAAAAGCCAUUGGUUGUGUCGGCUGCCAUUUUCGCUCUAUUCUUGCUAAGCAUUAUUGUGUCAAAAAUCAGUUUCACCAUUGGCACAACUACCAAAUCGCAAAAAAAGAAGCAAUAG